CCCGACAAAUAUUUUAUUUCAAGCAAUUACCAGGCCUUCUGCUUCAUACACGGUAAAACUUACACACGUACCAUGAACAGUUGAGAGCGAUUAAAUAUCAUUUUCUGCGAAAGAUCGCGUAGAAAGCCAAAAAAGCGCCCACCAAAUAUCAAAUUGAAAUUAAGUUCCACCUGACUAUAUAAAUUGCAUUUUUUUCUCAAAUGUCAUUGGUCGAAAGUAAUUAGCUUAUGCAAACUCAGUAACAUUUAUUUAAAUACACGUACCACUUGCAUUAAUAGCAAAUCCUACUACUGACAAUCUGCCGUAGCAUUUUAAUCAUGAUAUUCUGUUCUGUUCAUUUUUUUAGAAACUAAUAACAGGAAGUUUUUGUUUUAGUUUUUGCUCCGCUUGAGAUGGUGGAUCUCAGCUAAAGAGAACUCCUUGAUAAAUCCUUGAGUAAAACAAGGUUGCGUGGUUGCAUGGUAAAACGGUAGCAAAUUUAAUUUGGCAGCUGCUGAACAUUUGUCUGCUUAGCAGAGAAUUCAACAUGUCAAACGCGGCAAUUGAUGACUCGCUUGGAACACGUUCGACUUCCAAUGAGUCGAACUCUACUGUAGAUCUAAAGUACAAGCCUUUCAAGGAAGCUGUUCCAGAACUUGUUCCAUUUUCUGUAGCAAUCAUCUUGACGAACAGUUUUGUGUUUGUCCUCUUCUCAAAGAAGAACUUCCUCAGGACUCCUGCAAACUACCUUCUACUCAGCCUAGCGUUAUGCGACUUCUUUACUGGAUGCGUGAAUAUUCCGCUGGCCAUUACGGCGUUCACCCAGGCAGUGCCGUACGCGAAGCUACCCGACGUGUUUUACUUGGUGACCGUAUUACACAAUUUUACAGCUGUUGCCACUGGUUAUCAUAUUCUUGUUAUUACUCUUGAGAGGUAUCUAGUGUUCGCAUGGGAAAAUAGACGUCCAGUUUCCAAGAAUGCAAUCAUGCGAGUUCUGGCCAUGGUUUGGGGAGCAUCGGCCAUCAUCGCUAUUGUGCCCUUCUUCUGGAAGUCAGAAUUCUAUGCAAAUAAUCCCAAGGCGUCCAUUCUUCAAACGUCCCACGCCGUCUUCUGCCUAGCAGCCGUCUUUUUCUUGCCAUACAUGUUCAUAAUUUAUGCACAUGCUGUCAUGUUUGUUGCUAUAAAGAAAACAAGGCAAGAAAUGCAAGUGAUACAGAUUGGAAAUGAGCCCAUAAAAGCAGGCUGCUCUGAUAGUGAGAAAAGAUGUCUCGUGAUAUUUGUUACCAUGGGAAUAUUGUAUCUGGUUUGUUGGUGUCCAUGGUUUACCUUGGCCUUAAUCUUCUCAUUAGACGAUCAGACUGAUAGUGGAAUAUACAUAACUGUCUCCCAUGUUUUCGUUGUUGUUCGGUAUAUGACUUCGGUUUUGAAUCCUGUUUUGUACACUUUCUUUAAGAGAGACUUCUACAAUGCAUUCAAACAAGUUAUUCUCAGGAAAACUCUGGAGGAACGGUUGUCUUUAUCAGAUCUGGAAACCGCUAGGAACACUACCCGUGAUGAAUUGUAAAGCAAGGUUGUAUUGCAACAUUUUCAAUCAAUAAACUAACGUCAGGAUGGUUUCUUUUUGUUCGCCAGCAAUUGCUCGAUCAAAGCGAAAUUCUAAAGUUAGGAGUAUUUUUUAUCGUUAACAUUUGCUGCGUUAUACAUUUAGUUAUUGGCGAAGUUCUGGCUGCGUUUAAAACUGCGGAUCAAGAUAUAUAAGAUAACUGAUAAAACACUUAUUACAGGUAACAUCCUAAAGGCACAUGAAUACAAUACACUACGAUAAUGGAAUAAUGAAUAAAACAUAAUAUAAUUAGUGAAAAAACAUAACAGCUGUGCUGCGUAUGACCAACUUGCAUUCUCUUGACUAAACUACUUUAACAGGGAUGUGGUGCGUAUUGAAAAGUUAACAGAAAAAGAUCGAAGGUCUAGUGACUGCUUACGACCGCCAAUGGUCACAUGUAAACCUGUUAAGGGAAAGUACUUCGCUGACAUCGUUUAGAAACACAAACAGCAAUGGAUAAGGAAAACGCGAAAGCUGAAAAGAAGAACACUCAUACGAAAAGCAUGAAAAUAUUGCCAGUGUAGGGGAUCUAGUAACUGAGUUGUGAAACUCUUAAACCUUUAUUCCCGAUCAAUGAGAACGUAAUUCUGUAUUUAUCUAACAUAAUACAUGUGAAAUUAGCGGUGGGUUACCAGUGAAAAUAUUUCACAUUUCUAAGUUCCAGCCGAGACAUAUUUAUCGCAUGUCUAUAGCUGGUGUGGCAAAGACUGACUGUAAUUAAGUUAAAUAAACUGGCUUACAACUGCUGGGAAACAAUUUCCCAUAUUAACAUAGCGCGCAAAAUGUUUUAAUUCGUGGUCUAAUGAGUUAUAAGAUAGUCCAAAUAUUAUUGCAAAGUUUACACAUGGAAAUGCUUCCAAUAAUUUCCAAGGAAGGCCAAAAGCUUUCGAAGGAUAAUUGAUUGUCUGAAAUUUUCCUAACAUAUCAGAACUGCAGGUACUUCAAAAUAAUGCUGCUAAAGUACUGUUGGGCCUUCCAAUCCGAAGCUCGUCAACUCAUGCCUUGAAAAGCCUUGAUUUCAAGCCACUUGCUUUAAGGCGAUUUUUUCAUCGUUGCACCGCAAUUCAUAAGUGCUUAAUUGGAUCAACAGAUUUUGACUUCAGUUUCAUUAGAAAUCAAGCUGUUCACUCGCACAAUACGAGACAAUUGAACGAUCUUCGUUUGCCCCUCCCUCGCACUAACUGGGGCAAGCAAAUGUUCAUUUAUCAAGCAGCGAAGGACUGGAACAGCCUCCCGCGUGAAUUAAAAGACACACGUGUUUUAUCUAUUUUUAAAGCAAAACUGAAAACUUCUUUGAAUGAUUUUAGCUAAUUUUAAUCUUUAGAAUUUUAACUUUUUAACUAAUACGAACUCUUUUUACUCUUAUUUAUUUUAGCUUGUAGUAAUUUAUUAGGUAACUCUUAUUUAUGUCAUUUUUAGGUGAUUUUUAUUUAGGAGGGCUCCACUGAAAACCACCAUUGGCGAGUUGGAUUCCCUCACUAAAUAUUAUUAUUAUUAUUAUUAUUAUUAUUA